CCUCCUCGCCUCCACUCUUCUCCUCAGCAAUUCACCAGCAUCCCAUCGAACCCUUUCCAAAACUCCGCACGAGACUAUUUAUUACUCCUUAGGAUCGUGCACCUCUAGUCCCACAAAAAUGGCCAGCUCACGGCUCCUCGCUCUCUUCGGCCUGCUCUGCGUCGUGCUCUGCUUCGCUGCCACCGCGCACGCACAGGCCGCCGCGAAGCCCACCAAGGCGCAGAUAAAGGCGGAGCUGCAAAACAUGGCGAACAACAUCACCAAGAAUUAUCCGCAAUACGCGAAAUACGCCAAGGACAUCAACAAAUACAUCGGCCUAGCACUUAACUCCAAGUACGAUUUCACAGCUCUCAGCGACGCAACCCUGCUGCUCCCCAGCGACACCGAGGCGCAGGCCCUCGCUAAGAAGGUCCCCGCUACAAGCUCCAACAUUCCCAAAAUCUACAACAUCACCGCGUACCACAUAAUUCUCAAGAAGUACACCGUUCCCGCGCUCACGGUGCUCAAGAAGUCGCAACCUCUGGGCACGCAGCUGAAGCAGGCGAUCUACAAGGUUUCGGUGCAGAAUGGUAACACGGUAUCUUUCGCCAAGUCGCCCAACGCCCCCCCUGCCGAGUGGACGACGAUCAAGAUCGUGCGGCUGUACGCUGGGCCCUACUUCAUCGCCCACGGCGUGGAUAAAGUCCUGGUUCCCACCAACACCAAAGUGUAAACUUUCGUGUUAUUGCUGAAACCCCGGGCCGGUUUGGUACCCAGUUGACAAUCAGUCAUGCUGCUGUUAAACCUCUGAACUAGGGAUGACUGCAGGUCAACUAGGCAUCAGUCUGUAAUAUCUUAGUAUCCUGCAUGUCUGCUACCUUCAGUGUACAGACUACAUAGCUUCUUUGGUAUCUCACCUCAAGAUGCUUAAUGCUACCCCUUGGUGUAACUGGUUCCACUGUUGAGCUGCUGCCGAAUGAGAAGAGGUGAUCAAAGCUCUAGUCGGCCGAACAAACUUCUCAGAUAUUA